AUGGCGCAACUCGACACGCUCGAUAUUGUUGUCCUGGUAGUGCUCUUGGUGGGUAGCAUUGCCUACUUCACCAAGGGCUCCUACUGGGCCGUUCCUAAAGACCCCUAUGCCACCGCGAAUUCCUCUAUGAAUGGCGCCGCCAAAGCAGGUAAAACCCGGGACAUCAUCCAAAAGAUGGAGGAAACCGGGAAGAACUGUGUGAUUUUCUACGGUUCUCAGACUGGAACUGCCGAGGAUUACGCAUCCCGACUGGCAAAGGAAGGUUCCCAGCGAUUCGGCUUGAAGACCAUGGUCGCUGAUCUCGAAGAUUACGACUAUGAAAAUCUUGACAAGUUCCCCGAGGAUAAGAUCGCUUUCUUUGUUCUAGCUACCUACGGUGAGGGCGAGCCCACCGACAACGCCGUCGAGUUUUACCAGUUCAUCACCGGUGAGGACGUCGCUUUCGAGAGCGGUGCCUCCGCUGAGGAAAAGCCACUCUCCUCCCUCAAGUAUGUCACUUUCGGUCUCGGUAACAACACCUACGAGCACUAUAAUGCUAUGGUUCGGCACGUCGAUGCUGCUCUUACAAAGCUUGGCGCGCAACGCAUCGGAGCCGCUGGUGAGGGUGAUGACGGCGCUGGUACAAUGGAGGAGGACUUCUUGGCCUGGAAGGAGCCCAUGUGGGCCGCGCUGUCGGAAUCUAUGAACCUGCAAGAGCGCGAGGCUGUCUAUGAACCUGUUUUCUCUGUGAUUGAAGAUGAAUCUUUGAGCCCCGAGGACGAUAGCGUCUACCUUGGCGAGCCGACUCAGGGUCAUCUCAGCGGCAGCCCCAAGGGUCCCUACUCCGCGCACAAUCCUUACAUCGCUCCCAUCGUCGAGUCCCGUGAAUUGUUUACCGCCAAGGAUCGUAAUUGUCUUCACAUGGAAAUCGGCAUUGCUGGCAGUAACCUCACUUACCAGACCGGUGACCACAUCGCUAUCUGGCCUACCAACGCGGGUGUUGAAGUCGAUCGUUUCCUCGAGGUCUUUGGCAUUGAAAAGAAGCGCCAUACCGUUAUUAACGUCAAAGGUCUCGAUGUCACUGCCAAGGUUCCCAUUCCGACGCCAACCACAUACGACGCGGCCGUCCGCUUCUACAUUGAAAUCUGUGCCCCUGUCUCGCGUCAGUUCGUGUCCUCUUUGGCGCCAUUCGCCCCCGACGAAGAAAGCAAAGCCGAGAUCGUGCGCCUUGGUAAUGAUAAGGAUUACUUCCACGAGAAGAUCAGCAACCAAUGCGUCAACAUCGCUCAGGCUCUUCAGAAUAUCACCUCGAAGCCGUUCUCUGCUGUCCCGUUUUCGCUGCUUAUCGAAGGCCUCAACAGGCUUCAGCCUCGUUACUAUUCCAUCUCGUCUUCCUCCCUUGUUCAUAAGGAUAAGAUUAGUAUCACAGCUGUCGUCGAAUCUGUCCGCUUGCCUGGUGCGUCCCAUAUCGUCAAGGGCGUGACCACGAAUUACCUACUCGCCCUCAAGCAGAAGCAGAACGGUGAUCCCUCGCCCGACCCCCAUGGUUUGACAUAUGCUAUUACUGGCCCCCGCAACAAGUAUGAUGGAAUUCACGUCCCGGUCCAUGUUCGUCACUCCAAUUUCAAGUUGCCUUCUGAUCCCUCCAAACCCGUCAUCAUGGUCGGACCCGGUACUGGCGUUGCUCCUUUCCGUGGCUUCAUCCAGGAACGAGCUGCUCUGGCUGAAAGUGGCAAGGACGUUGGACCUACGAUUCUGUUCUUUGGUUGCCGUAACAGCAAUGAGGACUUCUUGUACAAGGAUGAGUGGAAGGUCUACCAAGAGAAACUUGGAGACAAGCUCAAGAUCAUCACUGCCUUCUCUCGCGAGACCGCGAAGAAAGUGUACGUCCAGCACCGACUGCAAGAGCACGCCGACCUUGUUAGCGAUCUCCUGAAGCAGAAGGCCAUCUUUUACGUCUGUGGAGAUGCAGCCAACAUGGCUCGGGAAGUCAAUCUUGUCCUUGGUCAAAUCAUUGCCAGGUCUCGUGGCUUGCCCGCUGAGAAGGGCGAGGAAAUGGUGAAGCACAUGCGGAGCAGUGGUAGCUACCAGGAGGAUGUCUGGUCGUGA